AUGAAGAAGAAGCAGCAGCAGCCGCAGCAUCCCGGCGGCGGCGCGGAUCCCUGGCCCCAUGGGGCCCCUCUGGGGGGCGCCCCUCCGGGCCUGGGCAGCUGGAAGCGCCGGGUCUCCCUGCUGCCCUUCGUGCGCUUCUCCCUCCGGGACUACGGUUUCUGCAUGGCCACCCUGUUGGUCUUCUGCCUGGGCUCUCUCUUCUAUCAGCUCGGCGGGGGACCCCCGCGCUUCCUGCUCGACCUGCGGCAGUAUUUGGGAAACUCCACUUACUUGGAUGACCAUGGACCACCUCCUAGUAAGGUGCUCCCUUUCCCAAGCCAGGUGGUAUACAACAGAGUGGGCAAAUGUGGGAGUCGGACCGUCGUCCUGCUUCUGAGAAUCUUGUCAGAGAAGCAUGGAUUCAAUUUGGUCACGUCAGACAUUCACAACAAAACCAGGCUUACUAAGAACGAGCAAAUGGAACUGAUUAAAAAUAUAAGUACUGCCGAACAGCCCUAUUUAUUCACCCGACAUGUUCAUUUCCUCAACUUCUCAAGGUUUGGAGGAGACCAGCCUGUCUACAUCAACAUCAUCAGAGAUCCCGUCAACCGGUUUUUAUCCAACUAUUUUUUCCGUCGGUUUGGAGACUGGCGAGGAGAACAGAAUCACAUGAUUCGCACCCCCAGCAUGAGGCAGGAGGAGCGCUACCUGGACAUCAAUGAGUGUAUUCUUGAAAACUACCCCGAGUGUUCCAACCCCAGGUUAUUUUACAUCAUUCCGUAUUUCUGUGGACAGCACCCCAGAUGCAGGGAGCCUGGUGAGUGGGCCCUUGAAAGAGCAAAGCUGAACGUGAAUGAAAACUUCCUGCUUGUGGGGAUUCUCGAAGAGUUGGAAGACGUGCUGCUUUUACUGGAAAGAUUUUUACCUCAUUACUUCAAGGGUGUACUCAGUAUCUACAAAGACCCAGAGCAUAGGAAGCUUGGAAACAUGACUGUGACCGUGAAGAAGACCGUCCCCUCCGCCGAGGCCGUGCAGAUCCUCUACCAGCGAAUGAGGUACGAGUACGAUUUCUACCACUACGUCAAGGAGCAGUUCCACCUGCUGAAGCGCAAGUUCGGACUCAAGUCUCGGGCCGGCCACCUGCCGCUGAGACCCCAGUUCUUCAUUCCGACCCCACUGGAGACCGAGGAGCCCAUCGACGACCAGGAACAAGACGACGAGAAGUGGCUCGAAGAUAUUUAUAAGAGGUGA